UGGAACCCUGACCAUGGAACCCUGAAGUGGUUCUGACUUCUUCAGCUCAGUGGCAGACCCUACCACCCCAGGCCCUUCCUGCCUUUCCCACAACCAGUUUUCAGGCUCUCAGAGGGAAGAGGUGGGGAGGGAAUCCUGAUCUCACAGAGCAGGGAGCAUCCAUCAUGAUGCUCAACUCAGACACGAUGGAGCUGGAUCUGCCCCCCACCCACUCAGAGCCAGAGUCAGGCUUCAGCGACUGUGGGGGCAUGGCGGCCCCUGACCAGGCUGGGCCCAAGGGUCUAGAAGGGGGCCAGACCCGGGGCCUGGAGCCAGGAGAGCCUGGCAGGAAAGACCUGCAGCACUUGAGCCGGGAGGAACGGCGGCGCAGGCGCCGGGCCACAGCCAAGUACCGUACAGCCCAUGCCACGCGGGAGAGAAUCCGUGUGGAGGCCUUCAACCUAGCCUUCGCUGAGCUGCGCAAGCUGCUACCCACACUGCCCCCGGACAAGAAGCUCUCCAAAAUUGAGAUCCUGCGUCUGGCCAUCUGCUACAUUUCCUACCUGAACCACGUGCUGGAUGUCUGAAGGCAGCCUGGAUGUGACCCCCUGCCGGGCCUGACUAGGUCCCUUCUCAUCACCAACUGGCUACAACAGCCACCUCUUCCCUGAGCCCUAUACCCUGACAUGGAGUCCCCCAGGCACCGGGCCCAGGAACAGUGCCCCAUUACCAGCUGGUCAUGAAGGCAACUUUCUAUUACCAACCCAGGCAUCCCAAGGCUGUUAUGGACACCUUCUGCAGUUUGUGGUUGGGCCCCCACUGUUAGAAGUGUCUGCUUGGGAGGCCAGUAUACAGUCCUUGCUGGAUUUACUAAGCCCACCACACAUGGGUCUCCCCUAGCUCUCUCAUGGGCUACUGCCUCUUCUACCCCACAUCCAAAUUAUCAGGGAUCCAGACACACACAGCCAUCUUCUUUCCACCCUGUUCCAGCUUCUGCCCCUUUUAGGGUAGGGGCAUCAGAACAGGAAGGGGGUAGGCUGGGCUUAGAGUGGAGUGAGCUUCUUCCUCAAAGAUCUCAGUCUAGUUUGGCAGAAGGGCCUGGGGAGCUAAUACCUGUGAGGUGAAUCUCAGUAGCUGAAAUUAAGGAAUAAGGCUUCCUAUCUUGUUUUCUAUCUUGUUUCUGAGGAUGCAGACCUUGGAUCUUACUUGGUAGUGAGUGCCUUGCCCUCUCUGUGCUAUUUGGCCCCCUCUGUGUGCCCUCCUGCUUCUACAGUCCCAAUUUUCUCCCUGGGUGUAGAGCUAGAGAAAAGGAAACCUAGAUCUUGCAGUAGGGGGUGAUGUCACCCAUUCCCAUCCCAGGGAAUGGGUGGGCCAGAUCUCACACCUGCUUUCUCCAUCCAAGCCCACCAUGGAAAUGUGCAAACCCACACCAGUUCCUCCCUUAGAUGCACGGGGUGCCCCAUCAUUGCCCUCUGGGAAUGUGCAGCUCUCCUGGCCAUAGGGUCUUUAUUACUUUUCUUUCCUUCUUUAAGCUGCCUUCAGCAAUGGAAGAGACCCCACCUACCCAACCUCCAGGCUUUCUGCCCUCACCACCCAUGUAGCUGAGCCCCAACCUGCUCACUAGAGCCUAGGGUCAGUAGUAGAGCAAGGGCCCUGAGACCUGUGUAGAAGAAAGGAGCUCACUACACUUAUAUGCUCCUCCCUCAUACCAAACUCCUAGCUCUACAAUUUUAUUUAUUUAUUUAUUUAUUUAUUUAUUUAUUUAUUUAUAAAUAUUACUAUUUAUUGCCCAAUUGUGCACUUUGGGGUAGGGCAAGGGGGGCCCUAGCCAGUCCCUCUUGCUUCCUCCCUGAUUACUGCUUUCCCUUUUGUCCUUCUGCAACUCCAGGUAUGUGUAGGGAUCCCCUUUGCUGACAACACCCAUGUCCCUUCCUCAGAUCCAUUUGUCCUGAUAUCCUAGUCCUCUGGGAUGGUGCCCCUCUCCCAGCUCCAGGGAUCCCGGAUCUUUCCUCCCUCCCUCCCUCCAUUCCCAGACAAUUCCACCCUGUCCCACCUGCUUCUGUUCUCUCUCCAGCCCUCCCCCAUGACCCUCCUUCCUAGUACCCCCAAGAGUGGGCCUUAGGGGUCUAUGUCCAAUUUCCUCUGUAUGAUUCCCUCCUGUUGCAUUUCUGAUUUCAUACAAAAAGAAAAA